CCUGCAUAGGCAAACUUCGGCCGGUCCUCCAUCUCAAAUUUGAGCUGGUCCUUGUCCUAAGUUCGACUUGAUCCCCUUCCCGCACAACAAAGGAAAAAGUACAAGAUGGCGCCUACCAAAAAAAAGGAGGGCACCGCCACCCACCCCAUUGACCUCACGGCCUCCAACCCCGUCGUCAGGGGCCGCGUGACCAAGGGCACCCCCCGUCGCGGCAACGGCAGCGGCGGCGGAGGUAGAAGAACCCCUGGCGAUGGGGCUGAUCCCAACCCGCCCAAACUCGGCAAAGAAUCUGGUCCGGCAUGUCUUAACUGCAAGAAGAACAAGGCCCGCUGUGAUAGGGUGCUGGCGUGUGAAAAGUGCGUAAACGCUGGCGUCGUUUGUCGUGAGGCCGAGGACAAGGGCAAGGGCAAGGGCAAUGGGAACGAUGGUUGUGGUAAUGGCGCGCUGGCUGCUGCGCCCCCGGGCAAGCCGUUGAAGGCUUGUGCUCGGUGCAAAGAGCAGCACGCUUCUUGUGUCAGGGGCAGGAAGUGUGUUAGGUGUGAUAAGAGGGGGCUGGAUUGUGUUAUUGGCUGAGGAACUGGUUACCUACCCUCAACUGAUGGGGGAUGAGGAAUGUGUAGGAUGGUGUAGUCGCAUGGGGUUCAUGGGGGAUAAGGAAGGUGUUGAUGGUGGCACAGGGAUUGUCUUUGUCGUUGAGUUCUGGGGG